AUUAACAGAAAAGCUCAGUCAAGUUUUGUGAGUCGACGGAGGAGCAUCAGUUAAAUCCAGCGGCGAUAAAAUCAACGAUUUACACCACUAAAACACUCGUUGUUUUUUUAUAUUUGUGGAUAUUAAUACUCUAUACGAUAUAGAGGACGUCUAUAAACACAGACAAGUGACCUUUCAACGUGACCCGGGCGCUGUCGCUUUAAAGCGAACACCUCCCCCUUCCCCUAUAUCGGAGCCCCCCAAUCACACAGAUAACAUGGACGGAUUCUAUGACCAGCAAGUCCCAUUUAUGGUCCCACCCAGUCACAAGUCUCGCGUGGAGGAACCAUCUUACAACAGGCCUGUGAACGACAGGAAAAGGAAGUUUGUGGACACAGAGCUCGCCCAGGACACAGAAGAUCUCUUCCAAGACCUCAGUCAGCUGCAAGAGAUCUGGAUUGCAGAAGCCCAGGUGCCUGAUGACGAGCAGUUUGUCCCAGAUUUCCAGUCGGAUAGCUUGAUGUUUCAUGGCCCGCCGCCAGCCAAGAUCAAACGAGAGCUGACUCCCUCCAAAGAGUUUUCUCCCUGUCGCCAGGACAGGAGUCCCAUGCCCUACGGAGAGAAGUGCCUUUACAGCUACAGUGCCUGUGACAGGAAGCCCAGUCCCGGGUUCAAGCCAUUAACUCCCCCCUCAACACCCGUCUCCCCUUGCGGCCCCACCAGCACACCAGGAACGCACCCACUGGGUGAGCAGACCCCGCCUCCUCACCCCCAUGUAGCCAAUCCGACCCCAGGGCAGCGUCCAGUGCACGUACAGCAGCCUCUAACGGCGAGCGUCGGCUCUCCCAACCAGCAAGCACUCCCAGUCCACAGCCACAGCCCGCCCUUCGCCGUGCCCUGUGCGCCCAUCAACCAGGAUGCCAACAACUUCUCACCUGAGCACAGGUUCCAGCGGCAGAUGUCGGAGCCAUGUCUACCGUUUCCCCCAUCAGAGAGUCAAGGGCGCCCCCAGUUCUUGCCCCAGCCUCCCAGCAACAACAACAACAACAGUCUGCCACGUGACGGCCGGCCGCCGUACCACCGCCAGAUGUCAGAGCCGCUGGUAGCCGUGCCACCGCAGGGUUUCAAGCAGGAGCUCAUCGACCCACGAUACGCAGAGCAGGGUGUCCCCACCAUGGGCCCCCCGGGUCCACCCCAGGGCCCCCCGCGUCAGACCGCUUUCCACCCCAUGGCCAUCAAACAGGAGCCUCGCGACUUCUGCUUCGAUUCUGAAGUGCCUAACUGUCAGUCAUCGUUCGGGAGAGCGGGGAGCUUCUACCAAAAUAACCAUGAAAGCUUCUCCUUUGACAGAGAUGCUCAGCUGUACUUUGACGACACCUGCGUGGUGCCUGAAAGAUUAGAAGGUAAAGUAAAACAGGAACCGUCUGUCUACCGUGACGGACCCCCCUACCAGCGCCGCGGCUCCCUGCAGCUCUGGCAGUUCCUGGUCACAUUACUGGACGACCCGGCCAACGGCCACUUCAUAGCCUGGACCGGUCGUGGCAUGGAGUUCAAACUCAUUGAGCCCGAGGAGGUGGCUCGUCGCUGGGGCAUGCAGAAGAACAGACCGGCCAUGAACUAUGACAAGCUGAGCCGCUCACUGCGUUACUACUACGAGAAGGGCAUCAUGCAGAAGGUAAAGGUGGCCGGUGAGAGGUACGUGUACAAGUUUGUGUGCGACCCCGAGGCUCUCUUCUCCAUGGCGUUCCCCGACAACCAGAGGCCCAACCUGAAGGUGGACCCAGACAGCCUGCCUGGGAUGGACGAUGACACCGUGCCCCUCACCCACUACGAGGACAACGCUCCCUACCUGCUGGACGCCGGCGAGCAGUGCGUGGCAGGCAUGCCCUUCGCAGAUGGCUACGGCUACUAAUGAGUGGCGUGGGGUCGCGACGCACAACACACACGCAAAAAAACACUCCCAAAGUCUCUCGAUGCCCCCCCCCCUCCCCCACUCUUAAAAUCCAGAGCUGGAACUCCUGAGCUGCUUUGGAAGGAAAAACCCUCGCGCUCUGCUCCUUCACGGUUUCCUCUUCCUGCUCCCUGGAAAUAAAAACUCUGUAAGCUCCCGAAGCGAAGAAUGAAUGAGGGAAAAAAGCUCCUCUACCGAGAUAGAGAGCGGGUUGUGAAACCAGCGAACUGGACUGCAAGGGGCUGCUGUUGCUACGGAGACCAAACAAAGCGAGGCCACACGCCGCCAACUUUAAAUGAACUGCCCCCCCCCCCUACUUUGUACAAGACUGCAAGAGAUGUUGCAUUUCUGAUUUUGUGACAAUCUGCUUUUCUUAAAAACAAUCGCAACAGAGUAAAAAAAUAUAAAGUUUAAUGAGAUCUUCUAAAUGCAGCACUAUUCGAUAGUUGCCUUUUUGGGUCCCCCCCAUUUUUCAUGUCGCCACAUCUGAACUACAAGAUCCGUGAAAGGGCUUUAAUUUGCAAAAAAAAAAACGGAUUUGACAACAAAACAAAACAUAUUCUAAACCCACAAAUCAGUUUGUUUUCUGUAGAUAGAACUACUUUCUUUUUUGUUUUAAAUACGCCAGCUGUUCUUUUUUAGAGACCCAGAACUCUCAGGUUUCUGGGGCGUUGCUGUAUUUCAAGGCUAGUCGGUUGGGCUGCUCUCUUGUAAAAUGUGUAAAAGUUUUAAUCGUUCUGCCCGUGUAAGAGAUUGUAUCUGCUUCCCUUUAGCGACUGCACCCCCAAGGUAGGAGCCCACAGUCUAUACGGUACACUCCUCUCACGUCUGCUCAUCACUGCUGGGUCCUUUUAUUGCUCAACUUUUAGAGAUGAUUAGCACUCCCAUCUCCUCCAUUUCAAAAGGGAUACAUAAGUACAUAUUUUCCCAGAGGAAUUCAUUAUUAUGUAUGAUAAACGUUUUUUGUAUUUCUGUCUGGAUGUUUCCUCGGCAGUGUACUUACUAGUUGACCUCUGAUGCACCAGUAUGGCAGGAGCAUCAGGAUGUUGCAUGCAAAAUAAAAAAGAAGGGUGAACCUUCUUUUUUGGACACAAGUCGUCACCCGGAGACUUCUGCUUCUCUUUGCAUGGUGUAAUCAGUCGAGACUGUGUGUCCACUAACAUAUCGCUUUACUGUCUCUGGACAAAGAAGAUAUUUGUGAUAUUCUCUGCAUUUUUUUUUUUUUUUGUGUGUGUGUUCAUUAUCUAUGUUUCUGAAUGGGGGGCGAAGACAUAUAAAGUAUAUAUUUUUGCUA